GGGAGACGGCGGGCGCAUGCGCCUGGGCCGAUCGAGCCAUAUUGGAUAUGAGGCGGUGAGCGGAGCGCCGGCGAGCCUUGCCCGAGCCCCGGCAGCGGCGCGGGGCUGGAAAAACUCCCCGCAGUGUUUGUCUGAUCAUCCUGGAAGCCUGUAGAAGCGAAGACACUGAGAGCAGAUGAGAUCAAGGCAGUGACUGGUUGGCUUUCUCUACUUCCUGCUCCCAAGGAUUAUUGCCAGAUUGCUGUGGAGAUGAAUGGAGAACAGCAGCAUGAGACAGAUGCAGGAUCAAGUGUGGAAGAAGCAGAAUUCAAUUGGGAGGAGUAUUUGGAAGAUACAGGAGCAACAGCAGCACCCCAUGGCUCGUUUAAACACGUGGACACUAGCCUGCAAAAUGGCUUUGCACCAGGCAUGAAACUAGAGGUUGCUGUCAAACCUGGCCCUGAUACGUACUGGAUUGCUACAAUCAUUACCACUUGUGGGCCAUUACUGCUAUUGCGAUAUGAUGGGUAUGGAGAGGACAGGAAGGCGGACUUUUGGUGUGACAUCAUGACAGCUGACUUGCAUCCAAUUGGGUGGUGUGAGCAGAACAAGAAGACUCUCAAAGUGCCUGAAGGCAUCAAAGAUAAAAUUUCUAACCAGGAGGAAUUCCUUCAGCAGACUCUGAAAGGAGCAUGCAGUGCUCCUGCCACUCUUCUAGAAGGUCUCCAUCGAGGGAAGAAUCCCUUGGAUCUCAUUGCUCCCGGUUCAAGACUAGAAUGUCAGCACUUGAAUGAUUCUCUAGGAGCUUGGAUAGUCAAUGUUUUGGAAAAUGUUGGUGGAAGGCUCAAACUGCGUUAUGAAGGACUCGGAGAUUUAGAUCAGUAUGACUUAUGGAUGUUCUAUUUGGAUCCCUUUCUCCAUCCAGUGGGCUGGGCAACUCAACAAGGAUACAUCCUUGAACCUCCACUAGCUGUUAGGCAUUUGAAGACUGAAGCAGAAUGGCAGGAUAUCCUAGAAAAAAUAAAAGAGGAGGAAGAAGAAUCUUUGGUUCCCACUGAUUUAUUUAAGGACAAACCUGUCGUUGGAAUUCAUUCAUUCUCUGUGAACAUGAAGUUAGAAGCUGUUGAUCCCAAAGCUCCUUUCGUCAUCUCGCCAGCCACAGUUACAAAGGUGUUCAAUGAUAAAUACUUUUUGGUAGAAAUAGAUCAUUUGCGACCAGAAUAUACCACAAGCCGGUCUUACGUCUAUCAUGUCAACAGUCCUGGUAUUUUCCCUGUGCAGUGGAGUCUAAAAAAUGGCUUGCAUCUCAGCCCUCCACCAGGUUAUCCUGGGCAAGACUUUGACUGGGCAGAUUAUCUCAAGCAGUGUGGAGCAGAGGCUGCUCCCCAAAGCUGUUUUCCCUCGCUGACUUCUGACCAUGGCUUUAAGGAGAACAUGAAACUUGAGGCAGUAAACUCACAAGAUCCUGAAGAAAUUUGUGUAGCUACUGUUACAAAGGUGAAGGAUUCCUAUCUCUGGCUACAGCUGGAAAGUUCUAAAAUGCCAGUCCCUGAAUGCAUAGUGAGUGUGGAAUCUAUGAACAUAUUUCCAGUAGGCUGGUGCGAAACAAAUGGAUAUCAGCUUAGACCUCCUCGCAGGGCAGUAGUGAACAAGGAAAAGAAAAUUGCAGUGGUCCAACCAGAGAAACCAAUAUUAUCCUCAAGAACUGUCCAUGAGGGACUAAAGAGCCAGGAACUGAACUCCGCUGAUACCGUUGUAACCAAUGGUAAAUACUGCUGUCCAAAGAUCUACUUUAAUCAUCGCUGCUUCUCAGGGCCAUAUCUUAACAAAGGUAGAAUUGCAGAACUACCACAGUCUGUGGGACCAGGAAACUGUGUCCUUGUUCUUAAAGAGGUUCUUUCUUUGCUGAUCAAUGCUGCCUAUAAACCUAGCCGUGUCCUUAGAGAAAUACAGCUGGAUGAGGAAGCUGCAUGGCAUGGAUAUGGAGAGACCCUGAAAGCAAAGUAUAAAGGAAAGAGCUACCGUGCCACAGUGGAAGUUGUAAGAACAGCUGAUCGAGUUGCAGAGUUCUGCAGGCAGACCUGUAUCAAACUUGAAUGUUGUCCAAAUCUCUUUGGCCCCCAAAUGGUGCUAGACAAGUGUUCAGAGAACUGCUCUGUUCUGACAAAAACCAAAUACACCCAUUAUUAUGGUAAGCGAAGAAACAAAAGGAUUGGCCGUCCACCAGGUAUCCACAGCAACACAGAGACAAGCAUGAAGAAGGCAAGCAGGAAAAGAAAGAAACGGAAAAACUUCUUUGUUCAUAAGAAGAAACGCUCUUCUACCUCUGUAGAUAACACACCUGCUGGCUCACCCCAGGGCAGUGGGGGUGAAGAGGAUGAUGAUCAGGAUGACAUAGAUGAAGAGUCCCUUACAGAAGACAGCACGUCUGAGCACCAGGAGGAACUGCUUGAAGAGUCUGAAGUGUCAGAAAAGAAAUCGCGGUCAUCCUCCCCCACACAGAGUGAGCGAUCUCAUUUUGGAGCUCAGGACCGGGACAAACGGAAAAGGAAACUACGCACCUUUUCUUUCUCAGAUGAUGAAAAUAAGCCUCCUUCACCAAAGGAAAUAAAGGUAGAAGUUGGAGAAAAGCUGCAGCUGGACAGCAACCCUCUGGAGUGGAGUGUAGCUGAUGUUGUGCGGUUCCUCAAAUCUACAGACUGUGCCCCAUUAGCUAGAAUAUUUCUGGACCAGGAAAUAGAUGGACAGGCACUUCUCCUGCUAACUCUUCCCACUGUUCAGGAGUGUAUGGACUUGAAACUUGGCCCAGCCAUUAAACUUUGCCAUCACAUUGAAAGGGUUAAAUUUGCCUUCUACCAACAGUUUGCUAACUAAAGGGAGGGGGUGAUAAGUUGGAAAAUGAAUUUUUAAAGCACAACUGCAGCAUCCUGCUCUUCCUUCAACAGGGUGAGGCAAGGAAGGUCAGACGGAAACUGCUUAUAAACUGGCAUUUGCAGUCUUGCACUUUGAGGGGAGGGGAAAAAUACUUGGAGCAAAACAUUAAUGCAAUCCCAGCUAUUUUCACAGCUGUCUAUUGGCUUAAGAAUGUAGUAGUCGCUUGUUCUGUACAUCAGGACUUUUUUGAUUAAUAAAGGUAGUUUUAAUCUCUCCUCUAAGGGGAGAAAAUUUUCCUGUAGUUCUGGUCUGAAAUGGACAGACUUGGCAGCACAUGGAAGGGAAUGCAGAUUGAUGGAAAUCUCUUUGCCAUUUGCAGAACUACUUCAUUUUCUUUGUCUUAAACAUAAUUUUUUAAACAUUAAUAUCGCUGAUUGCCAAGAUAAGUGGUGUGGCCAAAAGCUUGAAAACUGAAGUGCAGCCAGAUGUUUUUUGUUUGUGAUUUUUAUUUUGGAACUUGCUUUCUACCUCUACAGCCUGAAAAAAAAGCUAUGAGGGAAUUAAAUUUUUCGGGGAAGGUCAUAUAUGGCUAUGCAACCUGUGCUUUUCUGCAGUCAAAAUAGGAAUGCCAACAUUUUUUUCACCUGACAGAGGCCCUGGGCCUCCAAAAGUUACCUGACAGUCACAAAUUUUAAAAUUUAGAGCUGUUUGUCAUGGAGGAGUGGUGCUGAAGUUUGUGUCUGACAGAAUUUCUGCCUGCCAUGCUGCUGGUCAAGGCACAGAGAGGACAAGUUUUGGGAAUUGUAGAACAGGAGGUUUGAAUGUUAACAUGUGGCUCUGCUUUACAGAUAAGCUGCAACCUAAUUUUUUUAUUAUUAUUAUUUUUUAACUGAAAGCUGCACAGAAAUAUUGACACUUUAGUAUAAUUCCUCUUUUUGAAAAUAUUUACUAGAAUAUUGCAUGGUAUGAGAUUGGGCUUAAGUCUUCUCGUAUUCUCAUUUGUUUUUGGAAAUUGACCUUGCAUCUGUAGAGGAAGAACAGACAGAAAUGUUGAGCUCCUAUCAAUUCUCCAAUGUCUAAAGGGUUUCUCCAGAAAAUUGUAGUUGUUUUGUAAAUGCAUGGGUGGAAUGUCGUCUUCCCUCUUAAGUAUAUAACAGAAAUGAUUUGAUGUCCUUUUUGUUGGACAGUUCAUGCAGCCUGUACUAUGUGUACACCUUAAGAGAUGGGGUCCAUAGUUCUCUACAUAACUUUGUGGGUUUAUGUAGAGACAGUUCAACUAUGGUCAACUUAAUGUGCUAGCUAAUGCUUAUCUAUACAGCAACUUCCCACAACUGCAACAACUGUUGGUGCACAUUGCUGAACAAUUACAGGUUUUGAUUUCUGCAGAGUGAAUCCAGCUUCGUUGGGAUCCAGCCAUGCACCAAGUGGGAUUCUGCACCCAUUAUAUGUGUCUAUUAAAUUUGAAGUAUAUCCGCGUCACUGGAUCUUUUUGAUCUUCACAGUUUGAAACAUUGUCUUCCUGCAGAGUCACGUUCCAGGAUAUAUAUAUGAGUGCUGUUUCGGAAGAGGGUUGUAUGGUGUCUUAAAAGAAAUGAAUAACCUUCCUAGCUUUAUGAAACCCUAGAUAAGAGUAUGGAUGCAGUGAAUGAUUACUCAGAGCUUUCAUACUUCAGGUUUCAACCAAAGUAGGUUUAGUACAUUAAAUGCUGUGUAAAUGAGCAUAUGGACCAAGUCUGCAAUUACAUUUAUAUAUUGAAAUGA